CAGAGACAGUGAUGUGAACUAGUUUCAGUAACAGACCAGUAGUACAAUAAUUUCCAUCACUAAUGCAACGGAAAAGUAAAAUAAUGCAAUGCUUCCAAGUAUAUAGUGAGAUUAUUAGCUCUGUUUAGUUUGCGGUGGCAGUGCGAGCUUUAAUAUCAGCCGUCACUUUUCUUCACAUGCACAAAUACGUUGUUAAAACAGAGGACAGAGCCAUCUCCUUCACAAUUUCAGCACUCAACCUCCUCUCUCUCAUCAGGUCUCCCUCUCUCUCUCUCUCGCUGAAUACUUUCUUUCAUCAUACACAGCUUCUAUUAUAUUUCCAUACAAUGGCAAUAGCUGUGAGUGCAUCCACAAGUUCACAACUAAGUGUUGAUGGGUCAGUGAUGCCAAGAAUCAAAUCACUUAAAACCCCCCACAAUAAUACAACCCGUCAAAGUUUAAGGCUUCUGAACAAUAAGAAUCAACUCCACAUGAUGCGGAGAACAACAAUGUCUAGGCCACGAGUAAGCUACUUGCAAAAUUCAUAUAAUAGUGGAGUCAUAAGGUGUGGAAGCGGAAUGUCCCUCAUAUUUGUGGCCUCGGAAGUAGGUCCAUGGAGCAAAACCGGUGGACUUGGAGACGUUCUUGGUGGUUUGCCACCAGCCAUGGCUGCUAAUGGGCAUCGCGUGAUGACAGUGUCGCCGCGUUAUGACCAGUAUAAAGAUGCUUGGGACACAGAAGUUGUUGUUGAGCUUAAAGCAGGGGACAAGACUGAACAAGUCCGGUUCUUCCACUGUUAUAAGCGAGGGGUAGAUCGUGUUUUUGUGGAUCACCCGUGGUUUCUAGAAAAGGUUUGGGGUAAAACUAAAUCAAAAAUUUAUGGACCUAUUACUGGAAAAGAUUUUCAGGAUAAUCAACUUCGAUUUAGCUUGCUUUGCCAGGCAGCUUUGGAAGCUCCGAGAGUUUUGAAUCUUAACAGUAACAAAUAUUUCUCUGGACCUUAUGGUGAAGAUGUUGUCUUCAUUGCCAAUGACUGGCAUACAGCUCUCUUGUCAUGCUACCUGAAAUCUAUGUACAAACCAAAUGGAAUGUAUUUAAAUGCUAAGGUUGCUUUUUGCAUUCACAACAUAGCUUACCAAGGCAGAUUUGCAUUUGCUGAUUUCUCACUGCUGAAUCUUCCAGACGAGUUUAAGAGUUCUUUUGAUUUCAUUGACGGGUAUGACAAGCCUGUGAAAGGAAGAAAAAUAAAUUGGAUGAAGGCUGGAAUACUUGAGUCGGAUACGAAUGUCACUGUUAGCCCAUACUAUGCUAAAGAGCUUAUUUCUGAUGAUGCCAAGGGAGUGGAAUUAGAUAACAUUCUCCGGAAAACAGGGAUCAAGGGUAUUGUGAAUGGAAUGGAUGUGCAAGAGUGGGACCCACUGACGGACAAAUAUACCAAUGUUAAAUAUGAUUCUACAACAGUAAUGGAUGCAAAACCUCUGCUAAAAGAAGCCCUCCAGGCAGAGGUUGGACUGCCUGUGGACAGUAAAGUCCCUGUAAUUGGCUUUAUAGGGAGACUAGAAGAGCAAAAGGGGUCAGAUAUUCUUGCUGCAGCUAUCUCUGAGUUCAUAGAUGAGGAUGUGCAGAUAAUAGUUUUAGGUACUGGUAAAAAGCAAAUGGAGAAGCAGCUCGAGCAGUUGGAGAUAUUAUACCCUGACAAGGCCAGAGGAGUUGCAAAAUUUAAUGUUCCAUUAGCCCAUAUGAUUACGGCCGGUGCUGAUUUCAUGAUUGUUCCUAGUAGAUUUGAACCCUGUGGUCUCAUCCAAUUACACGCAAUGCGCUAUGGAACUGUACCUAUUGUUGCGUCAACUGGUGGGCUAAUGGAUACGGUUAAAGAAGGUUUUACAGGGUUUCAAAUGGGAGCUUUCAAUGUUGAAUGCGAAACAGUUGAUCCAGCAGAUGUGAUGGCAAUAGUGACCACUGUGAAAAAGGCAAUAACAACUUAUAGUACUUCAGCUUUCACCAAGAUGAUCAUGAACUGCAUGGAUCAAGAUCUAUCAUGGAAGGGACCUGCGAAAAAAUGGGAGGAGAUGUUGCUAGGUUUGGGGGUCGCUGGGAGUGAACCUGGAAUUGAAGGUGAUGAAAUAGCACCUUUAGCAAAGGAAAAUGUUGCCACUCCAUGAGGAUACAGGCUUUAAGCCCGGAGCCAUGCUGCUCCACCUCACCACUGGCACUGACAGAAGAUUUUGUGCCUAUUUUUUGCUCUUGCACCAUCUCGCUAUAUAUUCUGGCCUUUAAGAAAGCAGGUGAAUCGAACUGUCUGUAGUUUUAAUGAAAUAAUCAUAAUACAUUUUCCAACUAUCCACCGGAAAGUGCAAUGCUAGUCUGUAGAGUUCUUGUCUAUCACCUCAACGAUUUAUAUACUCGUGUUAUUGCGUUUAUUGUACUGUAGUGUACAUGCAGACAUUCGAUAUUUAAAUGUAGUCGAUUCAGUAUGAUUGACGGCA